AUGAGAUACAUGCACUCUACCAAGAAAUGGCAUCUCACACUGAGCGCUGACAACCUUCGUGUAAUGAAGUGGUAUGUUGAUGCGUCUUUUGCGGUUCACCCUGACUUCAAGAGUCACACAGGAGGAGUGAUGACCAUGGGUGGUGGAGGCAUGCAGGCUAUGUCCAAGAAACAGAAGUUAAACAGCCGCAGCACUACACAUGCGGAACUAAUCGGAGUAGAUGAUGCGAUCACACAAGUGUUGUGGACACGCAUGUUCAUGGAAGAACAGGGUUAUCCGAUUGAGAAGAAUAUCUUGUAUCAAGACAACAUGAGCUCUAUUCUCCUAAAAAAGAACGGGAGAUCGAGUGCAGGAAAGAGAAGCCGCGCUUUGAACAUCCGUUAUUUCUUUGUCACUGAUCAGGUUGAGAAAGGAAAUCUUACGAUCGAACACAUGCCGACCGAUGACAUGUGGGGGGAUUAUAUGACGAAACCUUUGCAAGGGGAAAAGUUCCGCAAAUUUUGGGCAUUGAUCCAAGGGGAUCAGGAAGAUUAG